CAGCAUGACGUCUUUAAUUUCUUAACGAGUUCCGCAAAGUGAAGAGUUGUUUCUAUUUUAUUUUCGUUGCACGGGUCAAUUACCAUCCAGGCAAGCGAAUCUCACCACUAUCUUCAGAUUUUUACAGUUGAAAAUGCCCUUGUUACAUAAAAACUGUAAUCAUGGAUGGAUCCUAAGUCGUGAUAAUUCAGUAUGAGGGCAGCGAUGGUUUGAAAUACUCGUGUGUGUAUUUUAUAACGAUAUCUUGGACGAACGUUGACACGCAAAGGCAAAAUGACUUCGAUUCCAACCGAAUCGCUGGCGGAGUACAUCGUGGUGGAGUACCGAUGGGUGAUCGUGAUCCUGGCGCUGCUGCCGCUCUCGCUGGCCUGGAAGGUGUGGUCCACCCUCAGGAACUACGUGGUCUUCAAAAUGAACAGCGCCCCGAAGAUGCACGAUAAGAAAGUCAAGAGUGUGCAGAAACAGAUCAAAGCCUGGCUCUCAGGCGAUCGCAGCACGCAGCUGUGUACAGCUCGACCCACGUGGCAGACCAUGUCGUUCCGGCAGGGCGUCUACAAGAAGACAUUCACCAACAUCAACAUCAAUCUCGUCGAUGUGCUGGAGGUCGACACCAAAAACAUGACUGUCCGCUGCGAGCCUCUAGUGACCAUGGGCCAGCUGUCCCGAAGCUUGGAACCCCUGGGCCUGGCCCUGGCGGUGGUUCCUGAGCUGGACCAGCUGACUGUGGGCGGGCUCGUCAUGGGCACCGGCGUGGAGACCUCCUCGCACGUCUACGGGCUGUUCCAGCACAUCUGCCUGCAGUAUGAACUGGUGCUGGCUGAUGGAUCAGUCGUCACUUGUAGCAAGGAUGAAAACCCAGAUCUGUUCUAUGCUGUUCCGUGGUCUUAUGGUACUUUAGGGUUCCUCACUUCAGUCGUCAUCAAAGUAGUCCCAGCUAAAAAAUACGUUCGUCUCGAAUACCACCCUUACACCAAUCUGUCGGAGCUAUCACAGCGGUUCAGUCAAGAGUCUCUGGCGCAGAAGCCUCACCAGUUCAUCGAAGCCAUAGUCUACACCAAAAACACGGGGGUUAUCAUGCUGGGCGACAUGGUGGACGACGUCGGCUCUGAUGGGAAGUUUAACCCGAUCGGGAAAUGGUACUCCGAGUGGUUCUACCUGCAAGUUGAGAAGCAUCUGAACAGCUACAUGAAUGGCAGCAACAAGACAACCGUGGAGUAUAUCCCACUGAGAGACUACUACCAUAGACACACUAGGAGUCUCUUCUGGGAGUUGAAGGACAUAGUUCCUUUCGGCAACAACGUGAUCUUCCGCUACCUGUUCGGUUGGCUGAUGCCGCCCGAGGUGGCGCUGCUGAAGCUGACGCAGCCCGAGGCCGUCACCAAGCUGUACAACAAGGCGCACGUCAUCCAGGACAUGCUGGUGCCCAUCGAGUGCCUGGAGAAGGCGGUGAUGAAGUUCCACGAGGAGAUUGAGGUGUACCCCAUCUGGCUGUGCCCAUUCAAAGUGUUCAACGACCCUGGCCAGCUGCGGGUGAAGUCGGGGGAUUGGCAGAUGUUUGUUGACAUCGGCGUCUACGGCGUGCCCAAAGCGAAAGGAUACGAGACGGUGCCAUCAACUCGCCGCAUCGAAAGCUUCGUGAGCGAACACAGCGGCUUCCAGAUGUUAUACGCUGAUACGUACACCACCCGCGAAGAGUUCCGCCAGAUGUUCGACCACUCGCUCUACGACAAAGUGAGGGACAGCCUGCCGCACUGCAAGGAGGCCUUCCCAGAGAUCUAUGGCAAAGUUAAUAGGAGUGUUAGGAAAUAGUCUUAGAAAUAAACACUUUAUUACUUUACUUUAUCAUUCAAUCGUCUGGUGAGUUCUUAGUAUUAAUAAAAAGAAAAGAUAGCUGACACGUACGUCACCCGCGAAGAGUUCCGCCAGAUGUUCGACCACACGCUCUACGACAAAGUGAGGGACAGCCUGCCGCACUGCAAGGAGGCCUUCCCAGAGAUCUAUGGCAAAGUUAAUAGGAGUGUUAGGAAAUAGUCUAAGAAAUAAAUACUUUAUUACUUUACUUUAGCAUCAUUCAAUCAUUUGGUGCCUUCUUAGUAUUAUUAUAAAGAAAUAUAAAUACGUACACCACCCGUGAGGAGUUCCGCCAGAUGUUCGACCACACGCUCUACGACAAAGUGAGGGACAGCCUGCCGCACUGCAAGGAGGCCUUCCCA